CUCAAGUUGACAUCGAUAAUGGACGCACACGCAUCAACGUCGACAGGCGCGAUGGACGAACGUAGAAAGAAUGCAUUGAAGAGUUACCGCGAGAAAAUGCGUGCACACGAGAACAUCAGCCAAAGCCUCAAGAACUUGCGGUUUUCCCUUAAGGACCUCGAGAAGGAUUUUGCACAGACGGAAAAUGACAUCAAGGCUGUCCAGUCCGUUGGACAAAUCAUUGGCGAAGUGAUGAAGCAACUCGACGAUGAAAGAUUCAUUGUUAAAGCCUCUUCAGGACCUAGAUACGUGGUCUCAUAUCGUCCGGCACUUUCUGCCGCGAAGCUUAAGUCGGGAACGCGCGUUUCUCUCGACAUGACCACACUCACUAUCAUGCGGAUAUUACCACGUGAAGUCGACCCACUAGUAUACAAGAUGAGUUUGGAAGACCCUGGCAAAGCUUCUUUUGCAGGCAUUGGCGGCUUGUCCGAGCAAGUGCGCGAACUUCGUGAAGUCAUCGAACUCCCCCUCCUCAAUCCAGAGUUGUUUACUCGCGUUGGUAUCAAACCUCCCAAGGGUGUCCUCCUGUAUGGCCCACCUGGCACGGGAAAGACCCUUCUUGCGCGUGCAGUAGCCGCAACUCUGCACACCAAUUUCUUGAAAGUCGUCUCCUCCGCCAUCGUCGACAAGUACAUUGGUGAGUCUGCGCGUGUCGUGAGAGAGAUGUUCGGGUACGCGAGGGACCACGAGCCAUGUGUGAUUUUCAUGGACGAAAUCGACGCUAUUGGGGGGCGAAGGUUCUCCGAGGGAACGAGUGCCGACAGAGAAAUACAGAGGACCCUCAUGGAGCUGCUCAACCAAAUGGAUGGCUUCGAUUCGUUGGGACGGACGAAGCUAAUCAUGGCUACUAAUCGUCCCGAUACACUCGAUCCCGCGCUGUUACGCCCUGGACGGCUUGAUCGUAAGAUCGAAAUUCCACUCCCCAAUGAGCAAGCGCGGCUAGAAAUCCUCAAAAUUCACGCUCAGGCGGUAAAUAAGAGUGGCGAGAUCGACUUUGAUGCUAUUGUCAAGCUCACAGAUGGGUUUAACGGAGCCGACUUGCGGAAUGUCGUCACAGAAGCGGGGAUGUUCGCCAUUCGCGAUGACAGAGAAUAUAUCAUCCAGGAAGAUCUCACCAAGGCUGCGCGUAAAGUUGGCGAUGCCAAGAAGCACGAAACGAAACUAGAGUACUCGGCGUAGCUUGCUUGUAUUGUAGCGUACUCAUCAUUUUAUUGACAUUUUUGCAAAACUACCCGAUGGAAUACCAGUCC